GUGACUCACUCACCUGACCUCGUUGCUUGCCACCUUUCACGCCCUCAAGGCCUCAAGACACCUACGUAAACCCACAUCGCAGCCAUCUCUACACCUCAAAACUCUACAUCCACAUCGCACACACAUCCACAACACAACAACAAGACACAACAACAAUGAGCACCCAGCAGCAGCAGAUGUACCAAGCCUCGGAUGGCAAGUGGUACCCAGUGGCCCAGAUGCCGCAGGGCUACCAGCAGCACCAGCAGCAGCCGCAGUACGGUUACGGUGCCCAGCCGCAGAUGCAGUACGGCCAGCAGCAGCCCCAGCAGAUCUACGUCCAGCAGCAGCGUCCCGCGGGCGGCGGAGCGGGUGCCGCAGCCGGCGCAGGCUGUCUCGCCGCAUGCUGUGCCGCCAUGCUCUGUUUCGACCUCGGCGCGUGUCUCUUCUAAGUGGCCAAUCCAGCACAGCGGACGGCCCCGCCCCGCCCCCGUCGCAGAAGUGGCCGUCUCCGUCUCCGUCUCCCACGCGUCUGCCGCUGCGGCUGUGCGACCAGCCCCCUGCCCGCACUGUCGCCUUGCGCGCGCAGUGCCACGCGUGCCACUAUCCUUCACCUCGUGGCACCCAGUCUAAUAGAUCAUCAGGUUGUACUGUUCUCCGUUCUCCCGUCCGUCUUCCGUAGCAUGCACACCGUGGCACCGUCGUGAGGGCGCGCUGCGCAGCGCAGCACGUCCACUGCCUGCCUUCCCUUGGCCCCGCGAUCGCUCGUACCAGACAGACUCUCCAGCCAAGAUCCAGAUCUCGCCUCCACACGCUCCUCGCGUUUGUUGUUGUUGCGAGAAGCACGGCA